UUUGCUCCUCCCACGGUGUCGCCAAGGAUUUGGUGAGCGGGACGGAGGAGGAUGGAGCGGCCGUUGCUGUUGGAGAAUCUUCCUCAGGUGACCUUUGACGAUGCCGCUAUCUACUUCUCGGAGGAGCAAUGGCAGAACCUGGAGGACUUCCAGAAGAAGAUCUACAAGGAGCUCAUCAAGGAGAUCUACGAGACCAUGCUGGCUCUGGGAUAUCGCAUCCCGAAACCAGAGAUCGUGUCCCGAAUCGAGCGAGGCGAAGAGCCGUGCAUCGACAGCAGCAAGAAGCCGAAGCUGGAGGGCUCGCAGGCCGAGGGCAGCAAAGAUGCCGAGCCGACGAUUAAAGUUGAACGGGAGUCUCCGGAAGCUUCCGUCCAUUUCCCCCCCAGCGAGAUCUCCUCGUCCCAGGAACGCGGCGGCGGAGUGCAGUGCCCCCGGUGCGGGACGUGCUGCAACAACCAGUGCGGGGUGGGCUAUCAGUGGAACGCACAGGGGAUGUACCCAGGACCACCCGUGGAUACUAAUCACCGAAAACCGUAUGUGACCCCUUCACCAACGUACUUUAAUGGCAGCCCCAUCUCUCCGGGAUAUGCCAACAGAGCGGACGGGAUGCCACACCCACCGUCUCCUAUGGGAUAUAGCAACAUGGGAAUGGUUCCUCUGUCUCCCCACUAUCCCGUAUACAGGAACGUUGGGGAUCCCCACACCACAUUCUCAUUCCCCGAGAGACCCCAGAAUCCUAUGUUUGGAAAUUUCGAGGUCAAUCAGCCAACGCAGAUGGGCCCCCCGGGAAGUCACUUGGCAGCCCAAACUUCUAAUGAUCCCCAGUUUCAGUUCCAGGGGGUCAAAAGGCAGAUCCUGGUCUGUGUGGAUAGGUUUCCUGUAGACCUCCAUUCUUUGACAUGUAACGCACAGUCCGCACGUGAGAACUGGAGUAGUGGUUGGGAGAAGCUGCAUUAUGACAGCACCGUCUUCGUUAUUUGGCCCCUACUGCACAUGUUUUACCCCGUCGCAGAAUGUCAUUCAGCCUUAAAGGGUCCAUCCACCCUAAAGAGACUCUUCCAUUUUAGGUGA